UCAUCUCUAUUAUUUAAUAUUUACUUCACAACAAAAAUGGACCAAACGAGGGAAUUGUUAAAAUCAAACUCUAAACUUCGACGUAAAACUGAGACAAGCUCGAAGUUCAUAAAAGUUGACUCGCCCCUAGCAAAAUAUGAUUCUGCAGGUAACUUAUCGUGCGUUCUGUGCAGGAUUCCCAUCAAGGCAAACGUAUGGAAAGUACACGUGAACUCAAAGCAACAUAAGCAGAAUGUGGAAUUGGCCAAACAAAAGCGAACUGAAAGCGUACCUGUCGCAAAGCCCACAAAACCAAAAGCGGCUGAGCCAUUGGAGGAAAAGGUUCCAAUAAUUCCAACAGAAAACAUUGUCAGAAGUGAUGCACCUCAACCAAAACCCGCUCAGUCCGAGAGUACACCAGUUAAUACGAAUCCCCAAAGUGUGUUGCCGGAAAAGUUUUUUGAUCAGGAGAAAUCUAACAAAAAUAGUGAUCACGAUCCUGAUGCAGAAUGGACGAAGUUUCAACGUGAAAUUAAGGAAGCUGAUACCAUUUCGAAUAUUAUUGUUGCUGAGGAACAAGAUAGUUUGAAUAUUAAAAGGCAUUUGAAAGAAAUCGACGAACAAAUUGAAAACUGGAAAAGAUUUGAGAAAAUCAACGAUAAAAAGAAUAAUCUAUUAAAAAAGAAACGAAGAGAAAACAAACCUGUACAAAUGGAAUCAGAGUCGAGCUCUGGAGAAGAAUCGAAUGUAGACGACCUAUCAGAUUGGAGAAUAAAAAGCGUUCACAAAUAGCGAAUAGAGUAAUAGUAGACUGUAUAGAGUAGAAUAAAAAUGAGAUUGUAACUGAAUU